AUGAUGCCUCCCCCAACCCAGGAUCCAUUUGAGCUCUCGAGGCUUCUCGAGGAUUCGAAACGCACCAUUACGCGCAUGCAGCAUGACUUGGAUCUCGUUCGUGAGAACCAACGAGACACCGCAAUCCUCAACGGUGACCUACGAGAUUACAAUAACCAGCUGAGAGGAGAAGUCGCCGAUCUCCGAGCUCAGCUAACCUAUGCCACCCGAACUCUGACUGCCCAGAUCCAGGAGCAAGUUGACCGCGCCCGGUCGACAGGAUCAUCUGAGAAGAAACUCCGGGAUGUGGUCGACGAACAGAAAAGAGCCAUUCAGAAAUUUGUUCAAGAGAAAAAGACGAACCUCCAAAGGAUCAAAACACUUGAAAACCAGAUUAAGGGGCAGGCACAUAAUGCAAAAGCAGAGCCAAAGAAGACAAAGGCACAGAAGAAGCGCGAGAAACGCGAAGCAGAGCGCGAGAAGCGUGAAAUCGAACGUGAGAAACGUGAACUAGGGCGUCUCUCUGCUCUUCAUCCUGCCCAAGCUCAAUCUCAAGCUGCCGUUUCUGCUUCAGCUCAUACGCCUAUUUCACCAGCGGGCGCCAACCUUCCCAAUACGAUCAAAGAAGAGAUGAUGGCCAUCGAUGACGAUACAGCGGCCGACGGAAUAGUUCCGGGCCUGGCACUUCUGGAAGAUGACAGUCACUCGAAGGAAGUGAUCGAGCAACUGAAGCGCCACAUGGCCAAGCGUACUGGAAGCAAGAAGUUGCCAUCAUUCCUCAAUAGUGGCACCAAGAACAAGUGCUUUUGCAUUCACGAGGUCUUAGCUAUGGGUAGCAGUGCUUGCAAGCCGUUACUCCCAUCUAAAAGUUACUGUAUGGUCCUUGGUCCGACGUGCAAUUUCUUGGUCGAGGUCGUAGAGACGGCCUCCGGAAACAGAUUGCGCACCUUUUCUCCUUGGGGGGUCUACACUCCCUACCACUGA